AUGGUGAAAGUCUGCCUCGCUGCGGCCGCCCUCGGAGUAGGCGUGGGCCUUGCCGCGAGUGAUGCAACGGCUGAGUCGCUUGAUCAGAAGUGGGGAUCAGACUGGCCCUUCUCUGGCAUUGCGACAUUCGCACACCUCGAUCAUGUCAAAUGCCUCGUGAAUCCAGACGCGCCGUUCGAUAUUGGCGUCAUUGGCGCCCCUUUUGACACGACGACCAGCUACCGCCCGGGUGCACGUUUCGGACCCCGCGCCAUCCGCGUCAGCUCAGCGCGCCAGAGUUCCAUUAGAAGCUUCAAUUACAGGGCGGGCAUCAACCCGUACCGAUCAUGGGCGCGGGUCCUCGACUGCGGGGACAUACCCAUCACAUCAUGGGACAACGCCCUGGCCCUGCGCCAAAUGACCGACGCUUUUUUCGAGCUCGGGAGCAGACAGACCCCGAACGGGAGGCUGUCGGUGCGGGAAUACCGGAGGAAGCCGAAACUCAUGACCAUGGGGGGCGACCACAGCAUCCUGCUGCCAAUCCUUCGUGCACUUCACGCUAUAUACGGCCGGCCGCUGUCGGUGCUGCACUUCGACGCGCACAUGGAUACGCGCAACCCUGCCAAAUACAUCAAGGCGUGGGUUGACGCAGAUGACCUCAGCACGCAGAGCUUCUUCAACCAUGGGAGCAUGCUGUGGCUGGCGUCCAAGGAGGGGCUGGUAGCAAACGCAUCUUCCGUCCAUGCCGGUCUAAGGGCGCGUAUCAACGAUUACACCGAUUUCGACGACGAUACAGACCAAGGUUGGCACAGGAUUUUUGUUGACGACAUCGACGACAUGGGCGUGUCCGGCGUGAUUGAGUCCAUUCUGAAUAGGGUUGGUUCGCAGAAUCCCGUGUACAUCUCCGUCGAUAUAGAUGUGAUUGAUCCCGGCUCGGCUCCCGGGACGGGCACCCCAGAGCCUGGGGGCUGGACGACUAGAGAACUGAUCAGGAUUCUCAGGGGUCUUGAGAACCUCAAUAUUGUAGGUGCUGACGUGGUCGAGGUCAGCCCGAGCUAUGAUGCGGGAGAGAUUACUUCGCUGGCUGCAGCUCAGAUCAUGUUCGAACUCAUCACCAACAUGGUCAAAAGAGGCACAGUGGACGUCCCGAAAUAUUCUUCGUCUGGUGUGAACAUAAACAGAGAUGAGCUAUGA